UUAAUUCGAUACUAUAUUCUUACAUGCCGACCAAACAGAGCGCAAAAUGUUUUUCUGUAUUGAACUUUACACCAUUACAGUAUGGAUUACGAGCAUUAAACAUUUUAAAACACGUGGCAUCACGUAAUUGGAAUGAUGCACUUUUAUUAGCUGUGGAGACCGUGACCUCCUCACCACCGCCCGCAUCAUCACCAUCAUCGUCCAUCAUCGUGAUAUUAGAAGCAGAGCGACCUCAUCGGAAGGGUAUCUUCCCUUCAUCUUCUCGCGCGCGCGCCCUAGAUUUUUGUUUCCCGGAAAAAAUGGCAAAUGCAGCAUCUGGUAUGGCCGUUGAUGAUGAUUGCAAGCUAAAGUUCUUAGAACUGAAGGCAAAAAGAACCUACCGCUUCAUUGUUUUCAAGAUCGAGGAAAAGCAAAAGCAGGUUGUUGUGGAAAAGCUUGGUGAGCCAACUCAAAGUUAUGAAGAUUUCACCGCAAGCAUUCCUGCUAAUGAGUGCCGAUAUGCUGUUUAUGACUUUGAUUUUGUGACUGAAGAGAACUGCCAAAAGAGUAGGAUUUUCUUCAUUGCAUGGUCUCCUGAUACAGCAAAGGUGAGGAGCAAGAUGAUUUAUGCAAGUUCUAAGGACAGGUUUAAAAGAGAGUUGGAUGGCAUUCAGGUAGAAUUGCAGGCAACUGAUCCUACUGAGAUGGGUCUUGAUGUUAUUAAAAGCCGUGCUAGUUGAGUUGAAUUUCCAGCCUUGCAAUGGAGAGUCCUCCAUACAUUCUGCUUUGCUUAUUUGAAUGUUUAUAAUUUGUGGAAGAAAGAACUUGUCUAGAUAUGAUAUUUGGCUUGUCGUUGAAAUUUAACCUUGAAGUAUUCCCUUACCCUAUAUGAACUUAAGUAAUUCUGGGUAUACAUUUGUCAUAGGUAUUUAUGGACAGUGGGUUGAAUAUCACCUCCAUGCCUGCCUGUGGGGAGGGCAUGACUUUUUCAGUUUGUUUGCAUAUUGAGAUGGAAAUUACCCUUUUUCUUUA